AUGGCGGCGAAGGCUAUUCAGUACAACAUCAAGGUGGACUUGCACGAGGUGAAGGAUUUGUCCUUCCGAGAGGCUGCGGGCGAGAAAGAGAUUGUCCCGAAUCCGUACAUUGAGGUCACAGUGAACGGCGUGACCAAGUCCACCAUCCAAAAGACGCAGGUGGUUUCGGCGACGUUCAACACCUCCUUCAACUUUACUGCCUACCUGACACCUGAUGAAUUCGCGAGGAGCUACGUCGAAGUGGCUGUGCUGCACAAAUACAUGCUUAUCGGCGGCGUCGGCUUGCAAAGUGCGGUGAUCGGAAAAUAUGUCUUUAGUUUCGCCUACAUCUACACCAAGAGUCAGCACUGGAUCUAUCGCCAGUGGGUCACGCUGCGCAACUUGGAACAGCCUCAGGAUGAGACGGGACUCCUCCUCAUCACAGUUGGCGUCUUCGGACCCGGCGACGCCAUGCCCGUCGUCGACGAGACUGUGUGCGUUAUCAACGAGGGCGAAAGAACGAGCACAGAUGUCAACGUCAAGUUGACCCAUUACAGUCUUUCAGUCAACAUCUACAAAGGACAAGAUAUCCCUAGCGUCCAAGGACAGUUCUCCACUGUUCUUGAACCAUACGUCAAGGUGAAGCACGGCGGAGCGGAGCUUCAGACGCGGCCUCUCCCGGAUUCGAAUCCCGACUGGCUCGCCUCCAUUUCUAUCCCUGCAUGCGUUCCCUGCUUCGAUGGCAACGUCCUCGUGGAGCUGUGGAACGGCCAAGCGUCGGCGACAGCCGCCGGGACGCUCAUGGGGACGGUCGUUCUCGAUUAUUUCCAGCUGAUCAAGAACGACUUGCCCCCGCGGUGGUUCAAUUUCUACUGGAGACCGCCUGCCGACGGCCUCCUGGGAGCGGUGACGGAUAUGAUGGCGAGCGCGGAACUGCGAGAACCCGUCGCGUACGGGGGGAGAAUCUUGUUGAGCGCGUCGGCGGCCAAAGUGCAAACGCCACUUCCUCUCGGUGUUCGUUCGGCACGGCCCAUCCCCGAACCCGUUACUCAGGAGUGUGUGUGGUGGCUGGACUUGUACGAAAUGACAAGCGCCUCAGGGUACACGUCCCAGCUAAUGAUUGAGAUCGCCUUUGGUCCUCAUUUGAUCAAGACUGCUCCUCUCGAUGCGAAUGCCCUGGGGACUUACGUGAUUGGAGACACUUUCGGACGGCUGCCUGAGAUGAAAAUCUACGCUCCAGUGGACGAGGUCCAGGUUUGGGACGUGAUGAUGUACGUGUGUUCGCCACCGCCGACGAGCGUGGCGACAGGGAUCGCCGACAUCUCGAACUGGUUCACGGGGUGGGGCGGCCCCAUGGCAGCUCCUAGCGCGUCUGAGCCUGUGGAGGUUCCGUGGACGCGCAUCGCGUGGGUCCGCAUCCCCUACGAUUCGAAGCAGUUCCAAAACGGGAAACCGCAGUGGUACAGCCUGCGCUCCCUCGAUGGAUCCGGCACCGAAAUGUUUUCUGUCCUGCUCGGCAUGGAAAUGUUCCCCCUCAAAGCUGGAAAGCAACGCUCACCCCGCCUCGAGUACAAGCUAGGCAGGUUCUACUUCCGCGCACUCAUCUACGAGGGCCUGCAUCUUCCAGCGGUCGGCUACAACAGUUUCCCGGAUCCCUACAUCCAGGUUGAACUCGCCAGCAAAACGCUACGGACCUCAACCAUUCGGCAGACACUCAACCCGUCCUACUACGAAGCGUACGAGAUCGAAAUUCGCCUCCCAGAAAACAUCAGUCUUGCCCCAGAUAUCAACGUUGAGGUCAUCUCCGAAUCGAAUUCAAUCCUCUCUUCAGACGUCGUCCUCGGUUCCGUGCAAUACCCCAUUCAAAAAGUUCCGAAAGAGUGGAAGAAAGCGCCUGUGUGGCUGCCGCUCCACUCGAAAGCGUACCCGCGGUGCAAGGCGCGCGUGCUUGUCGCCUUUGAGCUGGUCCCUGCUGAGAAGGCAGAGGACGACACUUACCCGUUCUUUGACGAUAUCCGGCCGUCGACCAAGGAAGGAAACAUUCGUCUUUUCCUCGUCGGCGUCCGUCUCUUCAAGCCUCUGACACAGCCUUUUGUGACGGUCUGUUUUGGCCGCGAUGUCGAGGACACGGCGCAGCCGCUCUGGUCUCAGCAGUCGUCUGCUCCCCGCACGGGCGAAGGCGGAAACUGGAACUUCUUGGAGGAGUUCACGGUGUCGGUGUCGUUGCCGAAGCGCAUGCAGCACCACUCGUUUCUGGAAGUGAAGAUCCAAGACAGGACGCAGGGAAUUGGCGGCGAGUCCAUGGUAGACGUCGGGAUGGCGUACAUCACGCUCAACCCACUUCUCCCUUGGUUGGAAGCUCGCGAGCGCACGGAGUGCCUGGAAACCUUCCGCCUUCAGAUGCUCGAGGAGGUCCUCAUUGAGGACGCAGAAAACGCCCGACGCUCAGCAGACGGGGGCUCGGCUCUGCGCACCGCGGGUGGUUCCUUUGACGAGGACACCACGAAAAAGAAAGAGAUGCUUGCUGCGGAGAGAACGCGGAAACUGGCGAUUCCGUACAACGAUCCCGACAUGGCAAACAUGAAGAUCGAAGAACCGGACGACUACGUCUCCUUCCAGGUAGCUCCGCGGAUGCAGACUUCGCGACUCUCCCGCGACGCAGUGAGCAAAGACGAGCGAGGACGCGCACCAGGAAACUCGCCCGCGGGGUUCGGCGGGCCAGAGACGCCCGCGCCCCCCUCUGAGGGCGAUGGGACUCCGCCGCCUGGAGAGGCACCUGACGCCAGUAAACUCGGAGACAGUGCAACAGGGGACAGGCCGGACGACGCUGCAGGCCUUCCGGGUCCCCCUCUUGGUGCGCACGGUGGCAACAGGCGAGACGCCCUCAUUGCGAGUCCAUUCGAAGAAUCUUACGGAUUCACUCCCGAUCAACUGAACUUCGUGCUGACAAAUAUGGACGAAGACGAGGUCGAGGAGAUGACGCGGGACGAAGUGCCGUACGAACUGGAGGCGGAUUUCACGGUCGACGACCUUCCCUAUCUCCGAACGCCGAUUUUUCGACCCACUGAUGCAGGAGUCCCAGAGACUGUGGGGUACCUCAAGUACGUCUGCCGGGUUUUUCAGUCGACAGACGAAGACGAAGAAGCCGAAAUGGAUGCUGUUUGCAAGAAUCUGAUCGAAACAUACAACUCGACGAGAGACUUGGUUGUCAGAGCCUACGUCCUGGCGGCGCGUGGUCUCGUCCCCCCGUCGGGCGCUUCAGACAUCCAGACCUACGUGUGGAUUCAAGACAGCGAGAACGCCACAACCUUGCCAGGAGGGCUCUCUUACAAUAUUCGCGACACCGGCUACACGAAGAAACAAGGCUUCAAACCCGAAUUCAAUCGAUGCUACACUCUCGCCUGCUCUUUGCCAGAGAACUCGAUUAUUGCCGUCAUGAAUAUGGGGCGUCUCACCGAUGAGUGCAUUGGCCGGACGCACUUGGACGUUGAGGAUCGAUUUUUCAACAGAAAGGUGGAGCAGAUGGUCAUUGAGGAGUCGACGCCCAUUGAGUUGAGGACUCUGAAAAACGAAGGAAGCACAGUAUCCCACGGCACGCUGCGAGGAUUCUUCGAAAUCAUGCGUGCCGAAUACGCCCAGCUCCACCCGCCGUACACCCUGGCGAGUGCGGAAGCUGAUGAAUAUCAACUUAGGGUUGUCAUUUGGCGUGUGAAGGCGGUGCCUCUCGACGACAAUUCGUCGAUUUCCUUGUUUGUCCGCUCAAUCUAUCAACUCGAAGAGUCCUCGGAGAUUAUCAAGGACACGGACACACACUACAACAGCACAGAUGGGACUGCGGUGUACAACUGGCGAAUGGUGUUUGACGUCUUGAUUCCAGCGCAAAUUCCCGUGCUGAAGCUCCAGAUUUGGAACUAUGCCCUCCUGUCGUCCACAGAGCCAAUUGGCGAGGCAAACUUUGACUUGACAGCCGACUUCUUCAGAGCCAGAAAGCGCCAACAACACUACAGGGUUCCCAGAAUGUGGGUGCGUUGUUCCCACCCAGCCCACAAAGGCAAGUUGCGGGGAUCGAUUGAGAUUGAAGCCUCCAUCCUCCCCCGAGAAGAAGCGGAAUAUACACCUGUGGGCAAUGGGAGAGACGAGCCUAAUCGGGAUCCAUUCUUGCCGGCUGUGACGACCAACCGAACCUACAUCGACUGGCAGCAAAUUGAAGAGACUGUUGGAGCCGCCAGCAGUGCCAUUAUGAGUGGCCUGAAAUGGACGGGUGUCUGGAUGACCGUAGCGGGGGUCAUCGCGCUAGUUAUCUUUGUCAUGUUUCUCCUUAAAUAA